AUGAGAGUACGAGUCCGGGGCCCCACCGGCCAAAACACUAUCACUUUUGAUCAAGCCGCGACAGUAGCAGACUUCAACCAACUCCUCAAGGACAACACCGGACUCACAGCCUUUGAGAUUAAGUAUGGCUACCCAAAUCUACAGCCUCUUCGACUGGAAGAUUAUGAUCCUGCUCAGAAAAUCGCCGAUAUAGGAGUCAAUCUCAACGGGGAGCAAUUGAUUGUGAGUAGUAAGCAACCGACAGAAUCAACGGUAUCACAACAGCAACAACCAGCACCGUCGCAAGCUCGAGCAACACCACAAGAGCAACAGCAAACUCAACCACCGUCGCGCCUCACGCCAGAAGAAGAUACGGAACCGCCCGAAGUGCCAUCCGCCGAACAUGGAGGAACUGUGGUGCUGCGAAUUAUGCCAGACGACAACUCAUGCCUGUUCCGAGCAGUCGGCGGCGCAAUCAUGGGGGGGAUGGAUACAAUGACAGAACUACGCUCGAUCGUGGCGCAAACCAUCCAAGCACAGCCAGACGUAUACAGCGAUGUGGUCCUUGAGAAGAAAAGAGAUGAUUACUGCCGGUGGAUCCAGAGCGAGAAUUCGUGGGGUGGCGGGAUAGAGCUCAGCAUCCUCAGCAAGCACUUUGGUGUUGAGAUUUGCUCGAUUGAUGUGCAGACGUUAAGGGUUGAUCAUUUCAACGAAGGGCAGCCUACGAGGUGUUUUGUGGUCUAUUCUGGAAUCCAUUAUGAUAUGAUUGCGUUGUCGCCGUCGGAUCCUCCCUUUACUCAUGCGAAUGCACCGCCGGACUUCGAUACCACAAUCUUCGAUGCGGCGGACCCUGUGAUUGUGGAAAAGGCGUUGGAACUAUGUCGUACCCUCCAGCAGAGACAUUACUAUACGAACACGGCAUCCUUCCGGCUUCGCUGCAAUGUAUGUGGCGGGAUGUUUGUUGGAGAAAAGGGCGCCACGGAGCAUGCCUCGAAGACGGGGCAUUAUGACUUUGGCGAAGCAAGCUGA